GAAGUCUGGGAAGCAGCCUGCAAGCCCACCCAGCUGCACUUCACCUUGCAGGCACCUCCCUUACUGACAGGGAUGCUGGGGAUGUGUUUGCUUACAGUGCGUGACAACAAAGAUGAGCACCUGAAUCCUGAAGACAAGAACGUAGAAGAUGGCUCAUUUGACUACAGUGAUGAAGACAACAAACCACUGCCCAACAGCCAGACGUCCCUGGAUGGCACAAUAAAGCAGCAGGAGAGCGACGACAGCUUGGUGGACUACGGAGAGGGUGGGGAAGGGCAGUUCAACGAGGACGGCUCCUUCAUUGGCCAGUACACAGUGAAAAAGGACAAGGAGGAGACAGAAGGCAACGAGAGCUCGGAAGCCACAUCCCCAGUCAAUGCUAUCUAUUCGUUAGCAUAGCGCAACGCAAAGGGACCACGAACAGCCUAUGGGGCUCGUAGUGGCUGGGGGUUAAAGAGCCACCACCACCACUGCCUCCAACUCAACAUACGAAUGAAAACCAACCAAUGACACACACACACACAAAAAAAAAA